AUGUUGAAGAUCAACGAGGACGGGUCCUGUCAACGCAUCGGCCUCGAUGGUCAGGCAGUGGAAGGUGAAGAGCCCAGAAAAAUCGAAGAAUUUGGUGCUGGUGGUCUCGAUCAUGCCUUGAAAAGCAUUCCGAAAGAGGGAGAAGCUCAUGAAGUGACUGCCGUGAGAGGAAAGUUCAGCACAGUAAAGCUUGACAAGGUGAGUUCAGACAUUUUCAAAGUAUGAAGGAUUUAGCCGUGGUGAAGAUGGGAAAUCGGGAAUUUUGAUGUUGUUAUGGGAAAUCUUGAGAAGGUUCUUAUUGUUUAUUGAUUAUGACACCUUGUUAGAGAGUUGUGGAUUGUUUUGGCGAAGAGAAAGAGCAGAAUUAUAGCUAAAUUGAACUUCUUUCUACUUUUUGAACAGAUUUUUGGUAGGUUAAUAUCGAAAACCGUUAAAAAAUAUGCUUUCGGGUAACUGUGUUGUCCUCAAAGUUAGCAGAAGUUGUCAGGUCUUCUAUAUUACAUAAGAGGUGGGAUAAAUCUUUCAAAAGUUUUGUUUAUCAAUGAUUUUAUUCAACUGACCUACUACAAGGUGUAGAUUACCAAAUUUUAAUCUUUCUUUUUGGUAUUUUAUUCUGCGAUUGAUCUUGAAUUGGGUCUAAUGAGAUUCUCGUUUCAGCUAGACUCAAGCGAUGAAGAGGAAACAUUGGAUUCUUCGGCCACAGUCAAAAUACCAAAACCUUCUGGAUCUUGGAAAGCUGAAAUUACUAAACCCGUUAAAAAAGGGAAAGCCAAGCCAGUUGUGAAGCAACCUGGAAGUGUAAGAAACCCUAUUGAUAAAUUUUAGACUAAUCUCCAUCUGAUUCCACGUAUGGUUUAUACUUUUUAGUCAUUAUAUUACUUUAGGUAUGGAAGAUCCCAGUUCGCUUUAUUUUCAUCAACAAACAAGGCCGUUUCACCCCUCAAACCGAGAUUGAGAUCGAAGCCAAUAGCAGUAUUGAGGUUCUCUUCAAGUCGGCCAUUAAAUUUUUGGGAAUUAACAUCAAGGAAGUUGGGGAGGUUCAGAUGCAAGAAAUGGCCCAUGGAGUAACAAAAACGGUCACCAAUUACACGGAUACGGUUAAUCCGAAUGCUCUCUACGCUGUCCAUAUUCAGCAUCGAUUUGCGGUCAAGGUUGGUCCAGAUCUUGGGAUCUUUUAAAAUUUUUUUUUUUAAUUUUAGGAGCCAAUCUGCAUGAAUCUCAAAUACUCCACCCCAGAUGGCGGUAUCAAAAUCAAGACGGUCAAGCUGGAAGAAGAAGCCGUUGAUGGUCCAUCUACUAUGGUUUUCAAGUACUUUUUGGGCGAGCGUUUUAUCGACCUGAACUCGGUGAAGGCGGAAAAAGACGGAAAAGAAGUGAAUGUAAGGAAGAUUGUGACCGAGCCAGGCACAUACGAAGUCACUGUGGGAUCGAGAGAGCUGAAAGACAAGGUAAAUUAUUGUUUUUAGGGGAAAAAUGUGAGCUUCGGGCCUAGUGUAAUAUAAUUUUUUGAGGUCUUUAUAAUUUUUUGUUUUCUAGAGCAAUGUCCUGUAUCAUAUCCGCAUAAUCAGCCGUACCAGCAUGGAUUCGCGUUGUGAGACCGUCGAAGUUCCCGCACAAAAGGGCUCUUUCCAACAAUUUUGGACCACAUGGGCUCCAACGAUUGGUCUCAAGCCGCAAAAUUUGCAUAAACUGGCACAAGUUGGGACCGGACCCUUGAAGGACAUGCCAUUCAGUGAGCCUAUGACCCCAUUCGCCUAUUAUUUAGUUGCUUAUUCUGGGGAUUUUUAG